UGUGUACUGAACACUGGCGGGCUGGUUUCUCAUCUUCUUCUCGCGCAUCUUCACUUUAGCUGCAGACAUUUUCUACAGAAAACAACAGGGCACGUUUUAGACGCCAGCUGACAGCCUGGCCGAUUAGCUACACGAGAGGCUGACACUUCAAACACCAGCGUGACUUGCCAGUAUCAGCUAUUGCUCGCGUUAGCAGCUAGCUAGGCUCCUUUACUCCACGUUAAGUUGUGGUUUGUUUAGCUAGCUAAUUAACACCAACGAAUACGAUACAUCUAACAGAAGGUAUAGCAUGGUGCCACAGCAUAUGUUCACCUCUAGAUUCGCCAGUAUUAUAGUACGUCAGAAACUUUGCUCAAAGUGUAGACGUCCUCUCUACUUCCAGUCAGUUACCAUGUGAGUUUUCCUCACGUUGGUUGACGUAAUGUUGCUUCCUGACACGUGGUGUUCAUGGGAAAUGUAGUGUAUCGGCGCAACUAAAAGUUAUAAUGCAAACCGACCGCAAUUUUUCUUGAAAUCAUGGCCUUUCGUCACGAGUAACGUUAAAUAUUGAUCGAGCAUACAUAUUUCAAUAUUAUGACAAAUAGUGUGAACAAAAGUAGAAAAUAAAAAACGUGUUUGCGCGUCUAAAACGUAAUUUACAGUAGCGCCGCUCUUACGUAACCCAGUCCCCAGUGCCCUUGUAGCCUUUUCUUCUCCUUGCUUACGCUCCGCUACAGCACUUGUUUCAUUCACUUGGUUUCGUUCACAUAUUCCUAAAUAAAAUGGCUGCAUUAAUCAGGAGGAUCAUCAGCACAACCAAAGCUCCUGCUGCUAUCGGCCCGUACAGCCAAGCGGUGCUGGUGGAUCGGACCAUGUACAUCUCAGGACAGCUGGGGAUGAAUCCUGCCAGUGGACAGUUGGUGGAAGGGGGUGUUCAGGCCCAAACCAGACAGGCUCUUGUGAAUAUGGGUGAGAUCCUUAAAGUGGCUGGGUGCGGUUAUGAGAACGUUGUCAAAACCACAGUGCUCUUAGCCGACAUGAAUGACUUCACCAGUGUCAACGACGUCUACGAGCAGUUCUUCAGCACUAACUACCCAGCCAGAGCUGCCUACCAGGUGGCUGCUCUCCCCAGAGGUGGACUGGUUGAGAUUGAAGCAGUUGCUGUAUUAGGCCCUCUGACCGAUGCUUCCUAACAACUUCUAUCAACCCCCCCCCCCCCACAAAAAAAACAUGACUUAACAUUAUACAGCGUGUGCCUUGCUUUGUGGAGCCGUCAACAAUUGAUGAAACAAAAUUCCUACAGAGCACUAACGGUACACUUUCUCCUCUCUCAUUGAUGUUGAUGAGACGUGUGUGGAGACAACGCUGCAUUUUAAAUUCCCUCUGCUCAUGUUUCACUUACACUAGCUGAUAAGUGUCCAAGCUUGCUUGCUCUUAUUAAAUGACACUACCGUGUAUCCUCUCUCACUGUACCAGAGGAUGGAUGAUCAAAAAUUACUCAACAAUAAAUGAUUUUUAAUUUGCUUAAGUGGCGAUUUGUUUCCUUGAUAUCAACUAAAUUAUUUCUGGUUUAUACUAUGAGCAUAGUUUAUCAAAUAUAUUCCUUCAUUUAUUCGACUUAAAGGGCACACAGCAUGCUCAUUUUUAGGUUCAUACUUGUAUUUUGGGUUUCUACUGUAACAUGUUCACAUGUAUUAAUGUUCAUAAAACACUUUAUUUUUCUCAUACUGUCUGUCUGAAUACACCUGUAUUCACCCUCUGUCUGAAAGGCUCCGUUUUAGCUCCUGUCCCUUUAAGACCCCCUAUUCCCUUGUUGAAUUAUGUCUUAUGAUCACGGAGGCAACAAAAAAAAAAAAUCGGAGUUGUCUUCUUUCAGUUUGGUCGGCACUCCAGAUCCCCAAAUGUUUGUGCACAGAAAUGAACAAAAGUGAGUCUUUCAUGAUUUGUCCCCUUUAAACCAAUAGUCCCUGAGAAAGACCAACACACAUCUUUAAAAUAUGGACUCUUUCUCAAUGCUUCGACUCUAGAGCCACGUUUGUAUCACUGCGAUCGGUUAACAUGUGACGUGUGCAUGUUUUUUUUGAAAAUAUGUAACAUGGUGGUUUGCAUAACUAAAAUACAGUUUCAUUUUAAAAAAGCACAUGUAUUAGUGAGUAAAACUUUAUUCUGUACACUAGGUUAGCAGAAUCAUAGCCAAAGAUCAGAAAAGGAAUAUAUUACAGAGAAAGAAAUGGAUGAAAAAAAGAAAGAUAUCAGACAUCAAAUUUUGUUCCCACAACGUCCAUCACAUCCUACACAGUUGAAAUUAUUUUCUGAGAGAUUUGCACUUUAAUGACACAGCAUGUAUAACUAAUGAUCAUUUAAAAAGCAUGUCCACUGGGUGAUCUGCUGCGGAAGCAGAGAAAGGCCGUGCUUACAAUACAUAUUUUUUGUAAUGCCAUAAUCUCGAGAUCACAAAUUAAUAAUUGAAUUAUCUUGAGGAAGCAAGCUUUGUUAUCUCUGAGAAAACAAGAUAAUCUUCCAGUUAUCAAGAGAAUUCAAAGGCUGAAUUCCUCUUAUUACUUCUGUUAGAGAUCACAUGCAGAUCAGUCCUCAAUAGCCCGGCUGCAAAUAAAUAAGUUAAAGCUUUAAUUACACAGGUGUCAGGUCUGAUCAAACAAAUCACUAAUUUUUGAGUUCCCCAUAAUUAUUUUUGUGAUCUCAAGAAAAAGUUUUUCUCGUGAUGAAGCACCUCGUUAUCUUGAGAAAUCUGCCUUUUGUUCUGAGAAAACAAGCUUUAUCUCAAGAUAAGAAAAAUAAUGAACUUGUGAUUUAUUGAUAGACAUUAAAAGCAAGCAUGGCCUUUCCCAGCUUCCGUAAGUGUGAUCAAAUUAACCAGACACUGAUUUUCGAGUUCUCAAUUAUCACGUGAUGAAGCACCUCGUCAUCUUGAGAUCUGCCUUUUGUUUUCUGAAUCAACAUAAAUUAACACCGUUAACACGUGAAAGCAAGCUUUCUUGUCUCGAGAUAACACUAUUACCUCUUGAUCCCGAGAUAAAUUGUCAUUACUGAACUUCUGCAAAUGCAUCUUAUCAUCUGCAUGCAAUUUUUUUCAUCCUUAUGCAAAAAAACAUUUUAUUCAGGAUUUUUCCUUUGAAUUUGAUAAGGUAAUAUCAAAAAAAUAUUUUUGAAGGAAACAUGGAUUUGACUUACAGUAGUGCUUAUCAGUAUUGCACUGUACACACCGUCAACAUUUAGUACUGUCACUCCUAUUAAUUAAAUGAAGGCUGCAAUUAAAUUCUGUCAUAAAUACACAUUUUUGUCUGGUGUUUUACACGUUAUUUAGACUUCAUAACACCUAAAAAUUCAAUCUGAAAAUGUGAUACUUUAAAAUCAGUUUUAUGCAGGUGAUAAAGUUCAUCCACAGUUUGGUGUUGCCAUCACCUCAAACUCCUUGCAUAAUUGUAUUCACAGUUGGGUUUGGCUUGUAUUCCUCAGAAGCAGCUGUAAUAGACAAGGACUCACUUCCUUCCCCUAGUUCAUCACGUUGUCAUAAGAGUUCACAGAAUAUUACACCCAUCAAGUGUUUGUAGAACAUUUUCUUUGCACAGGUUUGUGUGUGUAGAGUAUGUGGCCCAAGGCACUUAAGGUUUGUAUUUACAAAUGUAGACAAAUGUCAUGUUAUUAAGGCACAGCACAUAUUAAUGCAUGCAUUGAACAGUGUGGUGAGCGCUGGUGACAAUGCUGAAAAAUGUAGCGUUUAUUGCUUCGUCUUGUUUUUGUUCCCGACCAAUGGCAGCUUUGGGGUUUUCUGUCAUUUUGGUGCAACUCUUCUCUCUGAAAGAAGAUAGUUUGAUAGUUAGUGAACAUUCUUUUGUAUAAGAUUCACCCAGUUUUCACCCCCCAAAAAGUUGUUUAUGGGCACUGUACAUUCAAAGGAGACUACUCAGCGUACUAGAUACGGAGUUGCUCAGUAUGUGUAUCGGGUUUAGGUGUGGAUUGUGGUUGUGCUCUUACCGACUCAAUCCUCCUUUUUGACUUUCUCGCUCUCCGUAACCUGAGAGGCCUCAGCUGCAGACACAAACACACAUUGAGAAGAUUUAUGAUACGGUACAGGUCACAUUGUAGUCUUUCAUGCUGAGGAAACCUUUAGCUUGUUAAACACGUGAUCUUACCAUCACCAAACUAAAAACACGACUGCUGUAACAUUGCACUACAAAGAGAAGUUGAAGAGCUAGCAUUCCCUUUUUAGCCCUCUGGUUCUGCUGAACUGGUUUCUCAGUGUUUUACCUGGCUUCUCAGCAUACAAUACUGUAAUUGGCCUGGUAUGCACAUAGCAUAGCCUCCAGCGAGAGUCUCAUAAACGUUAUGCAAUAUGUCUUUCACACCAGACCAGUAUUCUACAUGUGCUGCCUGGAGGGGCGUCUCUGCCCUAAAAGUACAGCGUGUUCUCUAAGAGUCAAGAGUGGGGUGCAGGAGGGGCUAAAAAAACACAGACCACUGGAGGUACUGUGCAUUUAAUGAGUUUAGGAUGCAGAAUGCACACUUGGUGCACCGAUUUUGAAUACGUUGGGUAUCUCACAGGCUAUAACCAGACAAUCACUGUGCUUCAGUUAUCAGGGAACAAACAGCAUCAUCACAACAUACUCUAAAUGAAAUCAAACCAAGAAUGAUGUGAAACUGAAUGAGUGAGCAGAAUCUGAGUAAUCACAAACAUGACGACUGACUAAGAUUCUCUAUAAAAUCCGCCCUGUAAAUGGUUUGAACUCCUCACGUUGUGCGACGCCUGGAAUGCAGUCAGGCAUGCUGCAAUGAGAAGCAGCAGGCCAUGAUCACUCUGGAGUCACUUCACAAUGGAAGACAAUGAGCGAGAGUUGCGUGACUGGAUCCGUUGUGCUGACAACAUGCUCCCUCCUGUUAUAAUCGACACGCUCGAGAAAGGCGAGCCUUCACUUCUCAGCGAGCGAGCGCGAGCCUUCACU